GGGAAGGAAAACAUGAAUACCAAUUUGUUCUUCCUGCUUUGUGUCUGUGUUGUGCCACAAGUGUUGGGCCAGCAGCCAGAGCCAUGUGAACCCCCACCACAGAUAUCCUUCCGGGUGUCGCAGUAUGAGCCUCCGUUCAGCCUGAUCGCCAAGUACACAGGCAUGUAUGACGUAGACCAGCAGCGGGUCAUGUUCCUGGAGGAAAGACUGAUGGGUGUUCCCGUGACGCAAUAUGUGCAGUUCAUUUUCCUGUACAAGGAAGGAGUGGUGUACGAGUUCAACCUGUCUAGUCUCAACUGCAGCAAAUCUCCCAGCGGCCCCUUCCACUCGUGGGGCGUACCACAGAACGCAACACUCAGGGAUACCUACACUCUAGGGGGGCCACGAGACGGCUUUGAGGCUGUGGAGUGGUCCAAUGUUCUCUACACUAAAGGAGAGACGUGGAUCGGCGUGUACACACGGCUGGACUGUUUCCCCGUGCUCACCACAGUGUUUGACACGUACUGGCGCAAUAGCUCCGUGACCACAUACGCCUACGACAUGACGGAAGGGCUCACAGACCCCGACAAGUUCGUCCCGCCCUACCCCUGUCAGAUUGGCCGGGUCACAGAAGCGUCGCUCAGCGAGAAGGGCCAGCGUCUGCUAAAUCUCUUCAAAGACAAGACACAGGGAAAAUAGUUUUAGUAGAGGUUUUACGGCGCUCCCAACUGCAUAAAGUCAUAAGAGCGCCAGAAGAUUAGA